AUGCUGAUCUUCAAGGAUAUUUUCAAUGGUGGGUGAAAAUCACUAUUUUGGUGUUAAACGGUUCUAUAAAUCAUAAGCUUAUCCACACACCUUAAGUCAUUUUGCUUGUAAGGAUCUGAUUUUGGUUCUUUGACUGUUGGAGUCGGCGUUUUGUCGAUUCCAACAUUCAGCCCAAAUUUCAACCUUGUGCAUAGCAAACUGGCGAGUUACGUGUGGAAGAUAAAAUUGUCAUUUCUAAUAAAAAGUUUUUGAUUAGCCGUAGACGUGUUGCCAGAUUCAAAUACAGAAAUGAAAUGUCUUACAUUACAGAUGACGAACUCGCUUCCGACUCUUUCCCAAUGAAGCUUGUCGAUGGACUCAUCUACGAAUUCCAAGGCAAACACGUCGUCCGUAAAGAAGGAGAAAUCGUUCUCGCCGGAUCUAACCCAUCUGCCGAAGAAGGAGCUGAAGACGAUGGAUCAGAUGAGCACGUCGAACGUGGUAUCGAUAUCGUUCUUAACCACAAAUUGACCGAAAUGCAAGUGUAUGAAGAUGUGUCCGCAUUCAAAGGAUACGUCAAGACUUUCAUGAAGAAAGUUAUCGACCACAUGACCAAGGAACAACGUCCACAAGAAGAAAUUGAUACCUUCAAAAAGAAGAUUCAAGCUUGGGUUGUCAGCCUUUUGGAUAAAUCUCGUUUUAAGAACCUCGCUUUCUUCGUUGGUAUGUUUAUAACAUUUUAUAUAUUGAUGAUUAUAUAAUUAUUUGUUUAGGAGAACGCAUGGCUCAAGGUGAGGAAGGACAACUUGCCAUCAUCGAAUACAGAGAUGUCGAUGGAACUGAAAUCCCAACUAUGAUGCUCGUCAAGGAAGCCAUUCUUUCCGAAAAGAUCUAA